GCACUCUCUGCUGAGACAGUUGUUCUCUGAUCCCACAAAGUUAAGCCACCGUGUACUGUAUCUUUUAUUUGCUAUUCACAGCUUUCCCUAUCGUCUAUCAUGAGAAGCGUGGAUGGAACCCAGCGUCCCAUGUCUUCUAUUCUUGGGGGUUCUAGUUAGUAUGUUUAUAAUAGGUUUUUACUGGUACGUAAUAGAUGAUAUACACGGCGAGUAUCUAUCAAAGCAGACAAUGUGUCUGUGCAAUCGUAAUCCAAGCGGUAUUGUUCAUAUAUGCCAAAAAGAAUCUCCCUCAGUCCGCUGAAAAGUUGGUACUGCUGCGACUCAGCCUUUUGGGUAAAGAUUGGUAAUAUUCAAUCAGUAUGAGCAACUAGCUUGUUCACACCACAUCCUUCCAAUUUCAAGGCGACGGGCGGUCCCUUGCUGCGGUCGAAGUGCUUAAACUAGCAAAAAUUGAGGACCGCCA